AAGGGUUUAAUCCUUGGGACAAGUUCCUUGGCCCCCAUCGCGGUCUCGUUGUCUGUCUCUUACUCUCGCUUCUUAUCCAUGGCCUCCUCCAUCCUCGCCUUCCCAAAAUCUUUUCUUUCCCCGCCUAAGGCUACCUUCUCUUCCUCUGACCGCAGACUUGCAGGUUUCCGGAAGAACUCGUUGAGGGUUAAUGCAGUUGUGAAGAAAUGGGAACCCGCAAAGGUGGUUCCGCAGGCUGACAGAGUUCUUAUUCGUUUGGAUGAGCUUGCGCAAAAAACUACUGGUGGAGUUUUAUUGCCAAAGUCUGCUGUUAAGUUUGAGCGAUAUCUAAUGGGAGAAAUUAUUUCUGCUGGUGCAGAGGUUCAAGAAGUAGAGGCUGGCAAGAAGGUUUUAUUCUCAGACAUAAAUGCUUAUGAGGUGGAUUUGGGGACUGAUGCAAAGCACUGCUUCUGUAAAGCAAGUGAUUUAUUGGCUGUGGUUGAGUAGAGUUUGGCCAUUGAUUCUAUGACAAGCAGCACUGAGCAGGCUCAAUGUUUUUACAUCUCAGGAAAUUCUAUCAAACAAAGGAUACUUUCCAGUUUUUAGCGCAGUUGAUUCUUGCUUUGUGAAGUCUGUUAACUCAACUGAAAUUUUGCAAGUGUGUAUUGCAUGGAACGAACCGAUGCCUUGCACAUCUUUUAAUGGUGUUAUUUAAGUUGUUCAGACAAGCUUAACUUUAUUUGUCAUUUUAAAGUAUUCAAAUAGAUUUGAUAGUCUGGGUUA